AUGAAUCGCAACAUUACAAAUUGGUGUAAAGCAUGGUUAGACUGUCAGCAAUCUAAGAUAUCGCGAAACAAUCACCUCGCGCCUGCUGAUUUCGUAGCUCCUGACGGAAGAUUUAAAUAUGUCCAUAUGGACAUCGUCGGUCCGCUUCCGGAGAGCAGCGGUUACAAAUACUGCUUAACGAUGAUUGAUCGUUCUUCGCGAUGGCCAGAGGCAGUUCCUCUCAAGGAUAUUGAAGCUCUGACGCUUUUUACGGCUUUACUCCAACUCACGGGGUGUCGAAGAAUUCGAACCACAGCAUAUCAUCCGUCUUCGAACGGUAUGAUCGAGCGUUGGCAUCGCUGCCUCAAGGCCGCAAUCAUGUGCCACUCCGGUCAAGAUUGGUCACGAUCGUUAUCCACGGUCUUACUCGAUCUCAGGUCAAAUGUGAUGGAAAUCGGUUCGUCUCCGGCUGAAUUUAUUUACGGCACCACCUUGCGCAUUCCCGGAGAGUUUGUUCUUCCAGAAGAUUUUACUCCUGAUCCUAAAAUUUUCCUACAAGAAUUACGUGAGCACAUGCGGUCGAUCAAACCAGUUCCUGUGGGUCACAAGUACAAAAAGAGAGCAUUCCUUCAUAAGGACUUAAAAUUAAACUCGCACGUUUUUCUGCGCGUUGGAACGGCAAAAAGGUCACUCUAG